AUGCAAAAUCCCGCACAUAGUCUGAGUUACCAGCAUAGGAUCUUUUGUGAUAGACAUCCUCCCGAUCCUCUCCUCUCACUAACGUCGAGCUCCGAACCGGCCAUGUACGAUGUCGAUGCGAAACUGACAAAUGGGCCCUUCCUCCAACUCAACAAACCGAUCUCUCUAGCAGUAGAGAUCCGGAGCAUACUUGGUUCACCCAAGGAGAUAGUCAUACACGAUUUCCAGUCCAUGCUGCUGGAAACGACAGAUGUGCGCGCACGGGGAUCCCUCGAAAACCAAACCCGGUCGUGGAUCAUCCAGACGAUGACAAAUCUGCGACUUUCUAUUGUGGCCGCCCACGAUUCCCAGGAUGGAUCUGUUCUAAGGGUGAAUGAUGGAUUGUGGAGUAGACAUCGGCUGCCAUCCUACCUGGCUCCCACGUUCGAGACGUGUAACAUUACGCGGAUCUAUGCGUUGGUGAUUCGGCUUGGGAUUGAAUUUGGGGCGAAUAAUAGAAGGACAGUCGAGUUCCAGUUUCCGGUUUAUAUUAUCUCGUCAGGCACGGAUUUACCCAGGGGUACUCUGGAGUCUACAGACUCACGGUGUAACAGGGAUUUCAAGGAGAUGAAAGUUUAG